AUGACUUCCACAACUUCAGUACCAUCACCAUGUCCCCUUCCGGAUGCACCAGACAUCCCGAAAAUACUGAAAAUCAUCCAGUCUGCACUUGAUAUCCAGAAACCCAAACCCAACAUCAUACUUUUCACCAAGUCCGGCUUCAAGGAAUCACCCCAGGGAGCUAUCAGACGCAGGGAACGUUCCGACGGCAAUGAGAAUAACGACAACUCAGACGAGAGAACGCCCAAGAAAAUCAACUAUGGUCCAACCGGUAUCGCGGGAGGGGAGCUUGAUGAGAGCGAGGAUAAGAACAUUGAAUCAGCCCCUCGUCGGACGAGAAGCGAACAACCGAAGCUUCGCAUGUUAAAGACAAAAAAGCACCACCGCCGACCCAAAGUCUGCCCACAACUCACACCAUGGGGAGAUUACGGGAUGCUUGCAGACAUGAACGAUUUAUAUCCAGAGCAGCGUAGACUAAAAUGGGACAAUAGCGAUGUUCCCGAAUUCAAUUUGGGCGAACCAUUGGACGAGUUGCACUUUUGGGAGGAAUCUUGGAUCGAAGCAAAUAAGGAGAAGAAGAAGGUUAGAUAUGAGAGGGAGAGAAAGAGGAAGCGACAGCAAAGAUAUGGGGGUUUGAAGGCCACGGGACGAAAGAGAGCCUAUAAGAAGCGUGCAGAGGCCAUCUCGAGGAGGGAGAAGGGGAAGUUUGUGGAUUUGGAGCAUCAAGGGGAUAAAUGUGAGGUCUAGGUCGAGAUGAGCAUUUGGAGGCGGUGACUGAAAUAUAGGAC